AUGCCUGUGGAUUGGGAUUUGUCUGCUAUCCGGGAAUACGGCCUAAACGAAACCACCACAUGCACUGAUGGAUGGUUCAUUGUUGGUGUUGCUCUUGGAGGAUUUCGUAUCAACAGCAUAAUCCUUGCCACCGAGUGGAUUGGAGUCGCUCAGAGAUCCUAUGCAGCCUGUCUGAGUCAAGUCCUGGCCGCUUUGGGGCAGAGUCUGCCAGAUGGCUUCUUGUCGGCGGAAGAACUACAGAUGCGAAAGAACUCAUUCAAGAAGGCAGCGGCGAUCAACAAACGUACAGUUCCAGAUUCAUUAGUGGAGAAGGUCCUAAAUGAAAAACCUGUUGAAAGAGGAGGUAUAAAAAUCUUUUUUGCUUCCCAUGUGCUCAGGAAAUAUUUCUUAACUAUUACCUUCGUAUGGUGUGUGUUAAAUCUAGCAUACUACAGCCUCUCUCUGAAUGUGGGGAAGUUCGGCCUUGAUAUUUUUCUCAAUCAACUCAUAUUCGGCCUCUCUGAGAUUCCGGUCCACUUCCUCUGCGUGUGGUCUUUGGAAACGGCUGGAAGGAAAGUGUCUCUGAUGGGUGCCCUCAUAGUAGGAGGGUCUCUCUGUCUCCUGACUCUUGUAGUUCCACAAAGUAAUUACAUCGCCAUCGCUGCUCUUGCCACAUGUGGAAGGUUUCUCAUGAACGGGGCAGGCAGUGUUUGCAAUGUUUAUAUUCAAGAACUGUUCUACACCUCCAUUCGUCAGACGGCCACGGGUCUGGGCUCCACUGCAGCACGUGCUGCAAGUAUGUUGUCUCUUGUGGUGAACCUGUUGGAGAUCUAUCAUUUCACUAUUCCCACUCUGGUGUUUGGCUGCCUGGCACUAGCGAGUGGGAUAAUGGCCUUCCUGCUGCCUGAGACCAGAUGCACUGAGCUGCCUGGUUCAACAGAGGAGGCAGAGGGCAAGAGGGAAAAUAACACACUAUCCCUUUUUCCCAAAAGGCGACCAAAAAUGACCAAUCCUGCACCUGGUGAUUGUGAAGACAUCAAAGCAACCAAGUUAUAAGUUCUUAAAAUCUUGGAAGAUGGUGGCUAUUGAUAUGUUAUUAUUCUGUUUAAGAGUUUACAGUGUAGUGAUAUGUAGAAAUAACAAUUAGGUUUUUAUUAUAAUUUCUGCAGUUUAUUUGCUAUUCAGCAUUAUGAAAA